CGCGCACGCGCACGCGCACAAGCCGGCGGCGCGCGCCGAGCGGGGGGCGCCGCGCGGUGCAGCCACGAUGGAAGGGGGUGCGUACGGAGCUGGGAAAGCCGGGGGCGCCUUUGACCCCUACACCCUGAUCCGGCAGCCGCACACCAUCCUGCGCGUCGUGUCCUGGGUGUUCUCCAUCGUGGUGUUUGGCUCCAUCGUGAACGAGGGCUACCUCAAUAGCCCCUCAGAAGGCGAGGAGUUUUGCAUCUACAACCGAAACCCCAACGCCUGCAGCUACGGUGUGGCGGUGGGCGUGCUGACCUUCCUCACCUGCCUGCUCUACCUGGCCCUGGACGUCUACUUCCCCCAGAUCAGCAGCGUCAAGGACCGCAAAAAGGCCGUCCUGUCUGACAUCGGUGUCUCGGCCUUCUGGGCCUUCCUCUGGUUCGUGGGAUUCUGCUUCCUGGCCAACCAGUGGCAAGUGUCCAAGCCCAAGGACAACCCGCUGAACGAAGGGACGGACGCAGCCCGGGCCGCCAUCGCCUUCUCCUUCUUCUCCAUCUUUACUUGGGCGGGCCAGGCCGUGCUGGCCUUCCAGCGGUACCAGAUUGGCGCCGACUCGGCCCUCUUCUCCCAGGACUACAUGGAUCCCAGCCAGGACUCCAGCAUGCCUUACGCCCCCUACGUGGAGCCCAGCACAGGGCCGGACCCCGCCAGCAUGGGCGGCACCUACCAGCAGCCGGCCACCGCCUUUGACACAGAGCCACAGGGCUACCAGUCCCAAGGCUACUGAGCCUCAGUGACCGCUUGCCCCACCCCCUCCCUCUUCCCCAGCCCUGCCCCACCCUGCCCCAUGCCCAUUCUGUCCAGCACCUCCACACUUCCAGGUCGCUCCAUGGAGGCCCAGGGCGGCUUGGGGCAGGGAUGGGUCACCAGGUGUGGGAGUGUCUACCUGUGUGUGCCAGCGUGUCCAACCCCAGCGGGGCCUGGAAGGUGGGACCGGGACAGCGCAUUCAUUCCGUGUCCAUGAGCACUCGAAGUGCUACUGGGCCCAGGCCCGUGCUCACCAUGGGGGUGAGAGGCAGUGCUGCUCCCUGGAAGGGGGACACUGAGGAGGGGCCCUGUCAGUACCGAGGUGGGGGGGAUGGUAGGACAGAGAUGGGUAUGGUACUGAGAAGUCUAGCCAUGUGGGGGCUCAGUCCCGGCACAUGGGCUGGCACCCCCAGACUCCCCCUGUGAUAGCCUGAUGGGCUUGGUGAGGCUGUCCCCACUGUAUGGUGGAGGAAACCAAGGCCCGGGGAGGACAGGGUCGCUCACCCAGGGUCCCUUAGGCAGCUGGCAUAGGGGCAAGGCCACACUCAGGCCACCCAGACCCCUAGCUCCUGCCUGCUGCUCUUUCCUGUCCACUGUCCCCAACCCCAAGCCUGGGGCUCCUUCGCUCGGUGUUACCCUCAUUGUGGGAAAUUUGGGGACCUUGGCCCCAAGAGACACCCAGAUUCUGCUGCAAGUCAGCUCUCCCCCAGCUGCUUGCUGGCCUCCCAUCACUCACCGACCCUGUGCUCUGCCUGCUGUCCCACAGGGCGCUCAGCAGCCCCCUCUAUGGCCUCUCGGGGGAUCACUGUCCUCGACAUUCAGGCCAGGAGGGGGUGGACCAGGAGGCCAGGGUUCUUCAAAUGAGUGGCAGCACUGGCUUCCUGCCUCCACUUCUUGCCCCGAGUCACCCAGCAGGUGCAGAUUCCCCACCCUGUGACCUCCCUGGAAAUGGAAGUGACCUGGGUGGGACACGGGGUCAGGCUGGAUUCGGAGUUGGGGCCCUGUGGGUGUGGGGAGGUCUCUGGGAGCAGGAGGCAGGGUCAGGUAGAGUCACAGGGCAGAUGGUGCACGAGCCCAUGGGGGGUGCUGCCCCAGGAGUACAGGGAGAGCCUUAGAGUGAGAAAGGGGAACUGAUGGCACCAAACGCACAAAAGGGCUCGAAGGGCCAGGCAAGCACCCUCUAGGAAUAGGAGAGCAGCACAUCUGUGCCCUGCGCAUGCUGGGGAGCAGAGCAGAGGAGCUCUGGGUGGCCCAGGGGGACAGGGUCCCUACCACCAUCAUCCUAGGCCUCCCAGGAUCCAGCAAGUCAGGCUACUCACUGGCCCUUUGUGGCACCUGGGCUGGAGAGUCCCAGGGUGUGUGGGCUCUGCCUCCCAGAGCUCCCGGCCGCUAGGGGCGGAUAAGCACUAAACACGGUACAGAGUCUGCCGCCGGUAGGGCACACAGUUCACCUGUGCUGGGGCAGGGGCUCCUGAGGCAGGGUCCUGAGGGAGCAUGGGUGCUGGGGAGGUGGGCGCUUUAGGCAGACAAGUACUGUCACUCUCCCCACUUACGAGAAGGGGAAAUGUUCUGAGCACAAGUGAGUUAGCAGUGAAGCACAGAUGUGAACUCAUCUGUUCCAGGCCCCCCAAGGGCAGCAGUGAUGGGAGAGGCCCCUGCCUGUUGCUGAUUUCCAUUUUCCACAUCUGAGGAAGGGGUUCUCUUGACCACCCCCACCUGGUGCCUGGAUUGGGGACGGCAUCGGGGUCAGUUACCUCUGCCCUGAGCAUCCCUGGUGGGGCCACAGUGGCUGUGGAAGUGCUUCCAGCUGGUACAGUUCUGUGCCCACUGCAGGAGGUUGGGAUAAGUCCCAGCCCCACCAGGAGACCCCCCUGCUGUGGGCCCAGGGAGACUCCAUCUCUCCACGGGUACCAGUCAGCUGCCGGCUGUGCUGGCCGGAGGGCAGGGUGCCCUUAACCUCCAGCUGAUCCUGGACGUGUAUUGGAGACUGGCCCUGCUGCUCAGGCUGUGGGCACUUACAAGACCCUGGGCAGGAGUGGGGCUGCUGAGUCAUCUCAGUAAGCACCCCCUCAUUCCUGGGUACAGCCUAUUGGGGGUAUAGCCCCUGGGUAUAGCCUGAUACAGACCCCCAGCAUGGUCCACCACUGGGCAGGACCCUGGCAGGGACCCCAGUAGAAGGGAGAGGGAGACAGGGCAGGGUUGGGAUGAGACGUAGACUGCUGAUUCCGUUACUGGGGGUUCCUGGGGGGUCCCACCCCCGCAGGCCAGCAGCACCUGUCACCCCCUCCUCCUCCUGCCCUCUGCUUGCACUUGCUCCCACACUAUCCUUGGGGAAAUGCCCCUUCCAAGUCCUGUGGAGUUUGGGCCCCUUCUCCCCAUCAAGUACAAGAAGGGGCCCAGGAUACUGGGGUUCCAUAUAAGUUUAGAGCUGGGACAGGAAGACAGUGACUUAUCCUAGGUAAAGCACAGAGAGAGGUGGAGAGCCCAGGCCUCUGCUUUCUGCGUAGACAGGAGCCUGGGUGGUUCCUGACACAGCUGGGGGUGUGACGUGGAUGGACAGGCUCCCAGGAAGCAGCAUCGGCUCCCCAGUCCAUUCUGCCCUGGUGAUUCUUGAUCUUCAAAGACUUGGGGUCCCUGGCUUCUCUCAUGUAACCAAGACCCCUACUUGUUGUCUUAGGGGACCCUAACCUUGGUCCAAGACCCUUUUGAUUCUCAAAGGAGCAAAAAGGGGGAACCCCCACCCCAGAGUUUGUGGAGGAUGGCCUGGCCCAGCUGUCUCCCAGCGCUGCCCCCCACCCCAGCGCCCCACACCCUGGUGCCCACAGCCCUUGUCUGGGUGCCUGGCCCCUUUGCAGCGUUACUGCCUGUGUAUAGUAUAAAUAUAUAUAUUUUCUAUAUAUAAGAUGUAUAAUUUAAGCUCCACAAAUAUAUCUGUGUGCAGUGAAGGACGGGCCCUGUCCUGGCCCCUGCUCUCGACCCCCACCACCUGGUUAAGUCUCUCAAGAGUGAAUCCAGUGGCCCCGGGGCCCCCUCCUUUCUGACAUCCGUCCAUUUGUGGUGAACAAGUGAAGGUGGUGACUCCUGGUGACAUAGUAAUAAAGUGAAGACUCAGAACCCA